UUCACUUCUAACUACACCAAAUCCCUCCAAAAAACCAAAACACUCUCGACCUCGGUCCUAACUGAACCAUCUAUGAACGGCAACAACAACAACCGCCGUAAGCGGCCGCCGUCGACCCCGGCGCCACACCAACCGCCGUCUUCCAAACAGCAAACCGUAACGCCGGCAACGUCAAACGUAGAUGAAGAAUUUGUCGACGAGGACGUUUUUCUCGACGAAACCCUCCUGCCGGAGGAUGAGGAAUCUCUCAUCCUCCGCGAUAUCAAGCAGCGCCAGGCCUUUGCUUCUCGGCUUUCCAAAUGGGCCCGCCCACCACUUUCCCCUUUCUAUGUGUCACAGUCACAAAACAUUAUUUUUCAGCAAUUGGAUAUUGAUUAUGUGAUUGGUGAAAGUCAUAAAGAAUUGUUGCCCCAUUCAUCUGGGCCUGCGGCUAUUAUACGGAUAUUUGGAGUAACAAGGGAAGGACAUAGUGUUUGCUGCAAUGUUCAUGGAUUUGAGCCAUAUUUCUACAUUAGCUGCCCUCUAGGAAUGGGCCCAGAUGAUAUCUCCCGUUUCCACAAGACCCUUGAGGAGAGGAUGAGGGAUGCCAACAAGAACAAUAAGGCACCCCAGUUUGUUCGACGCAUUGAAAUGGUGCAAAAAAGAAGUAUUAUGUAUUACCAACAACAGCAGUCCCAACCUUUUCUCAAGAUUGUGGUUGCUCUGCCUACCAUGGUUGCGAGUUGUCGUGGAAUUCUUGAUAGAGGCAUACAAAUUGAUGGCUUUGGUAUGAAGAGCUUCAUGACAUAUGAAAGCAAUGUUCUAUUUGCACUUCGUUUCAUGGUUGAUUGCAACAUUGUUGGUGGCAAUUGGAUUGAAGUGCCUGCUGGAAAAUAUAAGAAGUCAGCAAAGAUUUUCUCCUAUUGCCAACUGGAGUUUGAUUGCCUAUAUUCAGAAUUAAUUAGCCAUCGCCCUGAAGGUGAAUACUUAAAAAUGGCUCCUUUCCGUAUAUUGAGUUUUGACAUUGAAUGUGCUGGUCGUAAAGGUCAUUUUCCCGAGCCUUCCCACGACCCUGUUAUCCAGGUGGCUAAUCUAGUUACCUUGCAAGGAGAAAAUCAGCCAUUUAUCCGUAAUGUCAUGACCCUUAAGUCAUGCUCUCCAAUUGUUGGUGUAGAUGUGAUGUCUUUUGAUUCUGAAAGAGAAGUUUUGCUUUCUUGGAGGGAUUUUAUCCGUGAAGUGGACCCUGAUGUUAUAAUUGGUUAUAAUAUUUGCAAGUUUGAUUUGCCAUAUCUUAUUGAGAGAGCUCAAACUUUGGGAAUAGUUGAGUUUCCUAUGCUGGGCCGCAUCAGGAACAGCAGAGUCCGUGUUAAAGAUACAACUUUUUCUUCACGACAAUUAGGAACAAGGGAAAGUAAAGAAGUUACUGUAGAAGGGAGAGUUCAAUUUGAUUUGCUUCAGGUAGUGCAACGAGAUUAUAAACUGAGUUCUUACUCUCUGAAUUCUGUUUCAGCUCACUUUCUCUCUGAGCAGAAAGAGGAUGUCCACCAUUCAAUAAUAUCCGACCUUCAGAAUGGGAAUGCUGAAACAAGGAGGCGGCUUGCUGUUUAUUGUUUAAAGGAUGCUUAUCUCCCACAGAGACUUUUGGAUAAAUUGAUGUUCAUUUUCAACUAUGUUGAGAUGGCUCGUGUCACAGGUGUUCCUAUAUCUUUUCUACUUUCCAGAGGGCAAAGCAUCAAGGUGCUUUCUCAACUUCUUAGGAAGGCUAAGCAGAAGGAUCUUGUGAUUCCAAAUGUUAAACAGGCAGGAUCUGAACAAGGAACAUAUGAAGGUGCAACCGUCUUGGAGGCGAGGGCAGGAUUCUACGAGAAGCCAAUUGCAACGUUAGAUUUUGCUUCUUUGUAUCCAUCAAUUAUGAUGGCUUAUAAUUUAUGUUACAGCACUCUGGUGAUGCCUGAAGAUGCUCGCAAACUCAAUCUUCCACCUGAGUGUGUCAAUAAAACUCCCUCUGGAGAAAUAUUUGUUAAAGCAAAUUUGCAAAAGGGAAUACUUCCUGAGAUUCUUGAAGAAUUAUUAGGUGCUCGUAAAAGAGCAAAGGCAGAUUUGAAGGAAGCAACGGAUCCAUUUGAGAAGGCUGUUCUAGAUGGUCGACAACUGGCUUUGAAGAUAAGUGCAAAUUCUGUAUAUGGAUUUACGGGAGCUACUGUCGGUCAGUUACCAUGUAUAGAGAUAUCUUCAAGUGUCACAAGCUAUGGCCGACAAAUGAUUGAACACACCAAGAAACUUGUGGAGGAUAAAUUUACGAUGCUAGGAGGCUAUGAACACAAUGCAGAGGUUAUAUAUGGGGAUACAGACUCUGUCAUGGUACAAUUUGGUGUACCUACAGUAGAGGAAGCUAUGAAUUUAGGGAGAGAAGCUGCUGAUUACAUCAGUGGAACUUUUCUGAAACCUAUCAAACUAGAGUUUGAGAAGGUUUAUUAUCCAUAUCUAUUGAUUAGCAAGAAGAGAUAUGCUGGUUUGUUCUGGACAAAUCCCAAAAAGUUCGACAAAAUGGAUACUAAAGGCAUUGAAACAGUUCGAAGAGACAAUUGUUUAUUGGUUAAAAACCUUGUAACUGAGUGCCUUCAUAAAAUACUAAUCAACAGAGAUGUUCCUGGUGCUGUUCAAUAUGUCAAGAAUACCAUUUCAGAUCUUCUCAUGAACCGCAUGGAUUUGUCACUUUUGGUGAUUACUAAGGGUCUGACAAAGACAGGAGAUGAUUAUGAAGUGAAAACAGCUCAUGUUGAACUUGCUGAAAGAAUGCGUAAGAGAGAUGCUGCCACUGCUCCAAAUGUUGGGGAUCGUGUACCUUAUGUCAUUAUAAAAGCUGCUAAAGGUGCCAAGGCUUAUGAGAGGUCAGAGGAUCCCAUUUAUGUGCUAGAAAAUAAUAUUCCGAUAGACACUCAGUAUUAUCUUGAUAAUCAGAUUGCAAAGCCAAUUUUAAGAAUUUUUGAGCCCAUUUUGAAGAAUGCUAACCAAGAACUUCUCCAAGGAAGUCACACAAGAUCUAUUUCCAUCACUACUCCUGCAAAUUGUGGCAUAAUGAAAUUUGCUAAGAAGAAACUAACUUGUAUUGGCUGCAAAACACUUAUUAGUGAGGGAACCCUCUGCCCACACUGCAAAGGAAGAGAAGCUGAGCUGUACUGCAAAACUGUUUCUCAUGUAUCUGAAUUAGAAGAACUUUUUGGAAGGCUGUGGACGCAGUGUCAAGAAUGUCAAGGUUCUCUUCAUCUGGAUGUGCUCUGCACUAGCCGGGACUGUCCAAUAUUUUACCGGAGAAAGAAAGCACAGAAAGACAUGGCUGAGGCAAUGCAGCAGUUGGACAGGUGGAACUUUUAAACAGAUGUUGAGUCAACAGAUGUUGAGUCUUAUGUUACUGGAGGGGGUAAAGGUACCAAAAUGUGUUGGAUUUGUUAAAUUUACUAGUAUCCCAUAAUUGAUAAUAUGUAAACCCUAUCAUUAGUGAUCAAUAACAUAAUAUUAUAUAACACUUACAAAAAUUUCAAAUCAAAUUGCACAUAAAAUAAUA